AUGUUUAAACUUCCGGUGAAAGGGAAGUUUCAAUCUCUCAGCACAACAACGAUGAACGGCACCAACGGCACAAAUGGGCACCAUGCAGUCCCGCAGACGCUCAAAAGAGCCGAGGAAGUAGAGGAUCUGCUCGAUGCCGUCAAGGGUCUGAUCGUCCCGUACAUCAGAGCAGCCGAUGAGGCAGCUGGCCAAAAGGCCAACGGCUUCACAUCCGUUGACAUUGAAGGCGUCCCCAGCAAUGUCUUGGUCGACACCCAGAAGCCUGAGGCGUUGGUCGAAAAGUUGAAGCUCUCUCUUCCCGAGGGCGAUGGGCUCGGUAGGGAGGGCUUGCUCGAUGUCGUGCAAAAGAUCCUUAGGUACAGCGUCAACACCUGGGAUCAGGGCUUCAUGGAUAAGUUGUAUGCAAGCAAUACUCCGGUUGGCGUCGUCUCCGAUCUCGUUCUAUCUGUCCUAAACACAAAUCUCCACGUCUACCAAGUCUCGCCUGCACUGAGCAUAAUCGAAAAGAUCACGGCACGAAAGUUUGCAAACCUCUUCGGCUUCAGCGGCCCCCGCGCCGGCGGCGUCACCUGCCAGGGCGGCAGCGCCUCCAACCUGACCUCCCUCGUCGUGGCGCGGAGCGCCCUCUACCCCGAGACAAAGGCUUCCGGCAACGGCUCGCACGACUUUGUCAUCUUCACCAGCGCCCACGGCCACUACUCUGUCGAGAAGAGCGCUCUCGCCUGCGGCCUCGGCGCGUCGAGCGUAUGGGCCGUGCCCAUCGACGACGCCGGACGCAUGAUCCCCGAAGCCCUCCGCGAGCUCGUCGUCCGCGCCAAAGCCGAGGGCAAGACGCCCUUGUACGUCAACUCGACCGCCGGGACGACAGUCAUGGGCUCCUACGACCCCUUUGAGGAGAUUUCGAGCAUCUGCAAGGAGUUUGGCCUGUGGUUCCACAUCGACGCCAGCUGGGGAGGGUCUGCCAUCUUCUCGGGGAAGCAAAAGGCAAAGCUCAAGGGCUCCCAUCUAGCCGACUCGUUGACGGUCAACCCACACAAGAUGAUGAACGUGCCCGUGACGUGCUCGUUCCUGCUGACGCCGGACGAGAAGGUAUUCCACAAGGCAAACACCUUGCCUGCCGGGUACUUGUUCCACAACGUGGACGAGGCCGAGGACGUGUGGGAUCUGGCGGACCUGACCCUCCAGUGCGGACGUAGGGGCGACAGUCUGAAGCUGGCGCUGGCCUGGAUCUACUAUGGCGCCGGCGGCUUCGAGCAGCAGAUUGAUCAUGCGUUUUCCCUGGCGGAGCACCUCGCGACGUUGGUGCAGAAGAGCGACAACUUUGUCCUGGUCUCGUCGAACCCGCCACCUUGCUUGCAGGUCUGCUUCUAUUAUGCGCCAAACGGCCAGCUUGCAGAGGAACCCCAGGCGAACACGAGACGGACCAGCGAAAUGGUCCACAAGCUGAUACAGCGCGGCUUCAUGAUCGACUAUGCUCCUGGGGAACGAGGUAGCUUCUUCCGGGUUGUCGUCAACUGUCAGACCCUACAGGGAACCGUCGAGGGCUUGGUCAAGGCGCUAGAAGAAGUCGGCAAGGAGAUUGCGGCGUAA